AUGCUAAGAUCAAUUCUGGGCCGAAUUCCAUGAUGAGCUUAUCAAAAAGAAGAGAAAAUUGUCGAAAAUGUCAACCUCGAUGGCUCCAUGUCAAGGGUUAGGUCAUAUUCAAACCUAUCUGAGGAGCCAGAGGUGAUAAAGAUCCUUUCUAACCAACUUGAGGUGUUUGAAGUGGACGACUCAGAAACUUUUCAUAAUGAAGAAAGGAAUUUUUCCCAAGAGGCUAAGAUUAUCAGACACAUCGUAUCUCAGCAGAAUGACAUCCAGAAUGUGCUAAACUCUCGUGACACUUUAGUUUUUAAUCCAAGAGAAAGAGAAUAUUAUUAUAUGAUCCCAACUGGAAUUAGUGAUCUUGUAAGAAAAAUUGAAGAGAAUAAAGAUGAGAUGCCUUCUAACGAGGUUGACACUACGAUUCUCACUAGCAAGCUUCGCUCUAACGGAGUUUUACUUCAUAAGGAGGACUUUCUAUUUGUUCCUGAUGAUUACUGGACAACAUUUUGUGAAUAUUUCCAGGUGAAAACUAUUGUUAGACAUUUCAAGAAAGAGACUCUUGUGUCAAAAUAAAUGUACAUCUGCUCCUCCCUUCAGAAACCAUAGCAAGUUUAACAGAAAAAAUUACUCUGAAGGAGAGGAAAGCUCUGAAGAAGAAAAUGAGCAAAUUUUAGCAAAAAUACUUGAUUCAGAGUGGAAGUUUAAGAAAGAUAUUGUACACAAAAAAUUGGGCGAUUGGGACCUGACUGAGGAACUAUCUGAUGCCUCUCCUUAACUAGGAACCACAUGCUCUUGUACAAGCCGCCGGGCUGUAGGACUGCACCAGAGAUUUUAUGUUCUAAUUCAAUAAAGA